AUGUCUAACUCGAAGUUAAUCUUUGACGCCGUUCAUGAUUAUAAUGCCUCUAUUGACCCCAAGCCAAAGCAGAUAGAGGCUUUUGAAUAUUUUCUUGCUGGCAAGGAUGUUAUUGUAAAUCUACCGGUUGGGUAUGGUAAAAGUUUGAUAUACCAUGUGUUGCCAAAACUUGUACAGAGAGCUACGCCCGAUUUGGAGAAGCCAGUGGUACUCACAAUAUCUCCACUGAAUAUCAUACAAACAGAACAAAUUGAUAUUCUUAAACGGCAUAACAUAAGUGCAUGUAGUCUACCUUAUUUGGACAACGAAGAAUCUUUGGAUUCUGAUUUGAACCAGUUUAACCACUCAAUUGUCAAUGGUGAUUUUGCUGUGGUAUUUUCCCAUCCAGAGGCAUUGUUGAAUACUUCUAAAGGACAGGAACUUUUAACCAGCUGCAGUUUUAUUCACAGAGUUGCAGCAUUAGUUAUAGAUGAAUGCCAUAUUGUUGAAACUUGGGGUGAAGAAUUUCGCACAGCUUUCAAAAAGUUGAAAACACUUCCAGCUGUGUUUGAAAACAAGCCCAUUCUUGCUCUAAGUGGAACACUAACUGUUGGACAACUGAAAAAACUUCCAGAGAUUUUAGGCAUGAAAAAUCCUGCUAUUGUUCAAGAAAGUCCAGACAGACAAAACAUUUUUCUACAAAAAAUUGAAAAGGUAAAAGGUCAGGAUAUUUGUGAAAUAUAUGAGGAGGUGUUUAAGAAAGAAUGUGAUAACCUCAAGCAAAGCCCUAUGUCAUACCCCGUGACACUGCUGUUUAUGCCACUGUUUUAUAUCAGCCAAGCAGCUGCAUAUUUACAACAUAUUUUUGGAAAAGCAGACAUAACCAACUCUUACUAUGCAGUUUUAUAUUCGCGACAGGAUAAAGCUGUAAUUCAGGCAACUGUGACUGAUUUGCAAUCUGAUAAUCCAAGAAUACGUUUAGUCCUAACAUCAUCUGUAGCAGGCAUGGGUUUUGAUCCCCCCUGUGUUACUCGUGUGAUUCAUGCUAAACCCCCUCGGACACUGUCACAGUAUUUGCAAGAAAUUGGGCGAGCUGGCAGACGUGGACAAAAAGCAACAGCUACAUUGUAUUAUAACAACAGAGAUAUUGCUAAAAACAUUCCAGGAAUUGAGGAUGAUAUCUUACAGUACUGUAAAACAGAUGACAAAUGUCUACGUGAAAUACUGCUGGGUAAUUUCGGGUUCAGUAAAACCCAGAUAUCUAAUGAAGAGUGUUGCUCUUACUGUGCAACAAAAGAACUGGACAUUGCUGGUUUAUUUGAUGAUACCUUGUGA